AAAAAUAAUGUGAAUGUGGUGUAGUUGUGUGUAGUGUUGGAUUAAAUUGGCGCUGAAUUUCAAAAUCUAGAGCAAGUGAUUACGCCAAAUGAUAAUGAUAAGAUAACACACCCAUUCCACCUAGAUAACUAAGUGACUGCAUGUAUUUUUAUAAAAUGAAGAAAUUGUUUUUGUGACAAAAUAAUGGAAGAACAAACGAACCGGGCCCCGAGUCGCAUGGAGCGAGGUGAAAGCAGGGUAGACGACUUGCAUUUGGACAGAGUUGUGGCUUCACAGCCUGAGAUUGGGCCGACACCACCAGACGGCGGGUAUGGAUGGUUGAUUGUUGUGUCAGCAGUGAUAUACCACAUCACAGUGCCAGCGCUGCUAUCGUUGUACGGACUGAUAAUCCUGAAAGUGAUUCGGGAGGAAGGGUACGAGGAUAAUGAAGUUUUGAAAAUAUGGGACGUGGAUAUAGCGUUGGUGCCAGUGAUAGCGUUGGUGAUAAGACUGUUACUGGAGUCAUGGUGUCGGGCUGUGGUGAAGAUCUUCCACAUGCCAAGGUUCAUGGCGCUGUCAGGACUCUGCCUGACCGUGGCGGGAGUGUUGCUAUCAAGUUACUCAACAGACGCAGCAAGCAACGACCACAUAGUGAAUACAUUCUCCGGAAUAUUUAUAGGAAUUGGAUGCGCCCUGACUGGGCAGCAGACUGAAGUGAUCAUCACUCACUACUUCAGAGAGAAGCUCACGAUGGCGCAGAGGAUAGUGCGCAUGGCGCCCUCUGUCGGCAACUGCCUCGUACCGAUACUAAUCGGGUAUCUCAGCAUCGUGUACACCGGUGAUGUAGUCGUCAUGAUCUACGGAGCCAUCCUCAUGCAGAACUGCAUCUUCUUAGCCUCAUACUCCCGACCGAUCUACAUAGAAAAAGUCAUCCGACACACAUACAACAUGCUCAGGGAUGCGGUAGAGGACGAAGAUGAGGUCAUAUUCUCCAAUCAGGCACGAAAGAGUGAGGCUGAAAGAAAGAACAAUGAACCAAACAACUCUCAAGGGGAACCAUCAUCAUCACACAACAUGGCAGUAGAGGAAGACGGAACCGAUGUGGUGGUCUUCAAUUCAAGGAAGAACGCGAAAGAAAUUCUAGAUCCUUCCAUACAGUACAGAGAAAACAGACCAGCUUCCAAACAAUCCAGGUUUUCGUCUGACUUCAGCACAAUGUAUGACACAGGUGCGAACAGAUUUUCUUCAGAUUUUGGUACUUUGGACAUUAAUAGCUAUGCAAGAGUUAAUGGGUACCAGGAGUUGGAGAAUAUUGACACGCAGGCACCCCAGCCUUUGUACAGGGAGACGACGGUUAAUGCUCCGGCCAAUAGCGUGGUGUUUGCAGCUGAAGUGUCACCAGGCACUGCUAGAAGAACAGCCUCUUUGAAGAAGAACUUCUUCACGAUUACCAACAUGCUGAAGGAUAUCAACUUCUAUUUGUAUGCCUUGCUGCAUGUCUGUACGACCUUCUCUAUUCUGAUACUGGGAUUAAUCUUCCCCCCCUUGAUUUGGGAGCAGAAUCCUUCCAUGAACAUUUGGUCGGUUUCAACACUGAUAGCGGCGGCUCACGGGUCAGCAUUGUGCUUCAUAAUGCUUUGUGUGGUGCUGCCAAAAUCCAUCAACGAGAAGGCAAGACUGUGUGCUGCCUUCUGUGUGGCUGGUGCAAUGGGCUUCUAUGGUAUAGCCAUGUCGAGCAAUAAGAGCCUGCUAGUGGUAUGGUGUAUGCUGGCCAGCUUCGCUACAGCAGCGUCCAGCAUCCUUCAGCAGCCACUAUACAACAGCACACUGAACGAAUUCGAUACCACAGCCACCAUGACAGCGUCCAACACCAUCGUCGCCAUUUUCAUCAUGGCGUGGUCUCUGUCGCAAAAUUAUGAUUACAAAACGUGUUUCUUGACUGCUAGUAUACUACAGACUGUGACCGCUUGCAUGUUUUUCGCUUUGUCUUUUAGGCGGAGACGGUAAUUUUUGGAUUUUAAUAAAAGCUACCGUCUUUAUUACCGUUUUAAAGUAAGUGUCCACAGGCCCGCAUCGUACGCUUUCCGUAUGACGUCAUCAGUACGCAUCGCAUGUAGGCAUUGCUGAUGAUGCGGUCCGUACGAUGCGGAUCAGUGGACGCAGUUGUAUGAGUUUCUAUACAAGACAAACUAAAAUCCGUUGCGUGCGAUGCGUACGAUGCGGGUCUGUGGACGCGUACCUUUAGGCAGAUUAAGUUUAGCUCGGAUUUUCUAGACUACUUGGUAGUCCAAUACCCAUAGUUGCCGUGCUACUGAAAUCAAUAACGUCAAAUAGUUUAGGUGCAAUAACCAGCAGGGUAACCUAUUCCGUUUGUGAAACUUUAUUCGAUUUUCAACUUUAUUGUUAUAUUUUAAAGUCAAAAAUCCAAUGAAGGUUGACCUGCUGACCACUGUACUAACCUCGGAGUGACUUGAGCAAUAACAAUCAUAUUGUAGAAUAAACAAAAACAAAAUAAAGGUUGUGUACUAUUAAAAGUAAUGAUGUCGGAAUGUGUGUGCGUCCGACAUUUUUAUAUUAAGUAUUCAUAUUUAAAUAGUUUUAAACUAGAAUUAAGAUAAUAAUAUAUUUUGUACAAUGUACUUUUUAAUAUUAAUAAACUUUAGUUGUAUGUGUUUUAAAACUAUGAGUAAAUGAGGACUACUGUAAUUUUGCCCACCAGAUGGAGCUAGUAAACCUCUCGUUUUUCGACCAAUAAAAACUUAGCUAGUGUCACACCAUUGGUCAUUCAAUAUUUGGCAGCUGCAGUGAUUGGACAAAAAGUUGCAACAUUUGCGCCAUCUGAUAUCUGAGCAAAAAUACAGUAGGCCCAAUUGUAAGCUAAAGUGUUGCUACAUGUAAAUAUGUCUUGCCAUAAUGAAAUAAAUAAUUAAAACUGCGGUACAUUUA